UCAGAGGAGCGGAUUUCUCACCAACAACAAACAAAAGAUCUGGCUCAGGCAUCCACUGCGCUUUCUCCAUGUCUUUCUCUUAAUUAACAGCCAUCUAAUAGCUGAAUGUCAGCCUGGACGGCGACAUUAAAGUCUCUGCUCGGUAUCUGAUCGCUUCCGUCUCCUCGGCACUGCGCUGUUAUCCGCUGAGCUGCCCCGUCCUUUCGCCUACCAGCCGCUGUCGGAGAUCCGUUUGCUCGCUGCUAGCUGAGCUAGCUAGCUGUGGGAGCUAGCGGGCUAGCGGGGCUAGCGGAGCGGGGAGAGGAGCCCCCAAAACCGCUCGGAAACCACGGCCAGCGGGCGUGUUGUGGCGGCUGACAGCAGACGCAGCAGAUCCCUGGCUGCUGCUGGAUAGCGAGCUGUCCAGCUGAGAGUAGCUGGCUGGUAAGCGGUCGGUGUGGAAGGGAGGAAUCUGGCCGAGAUGUCCGGACCGUCAUCGGGCUGCGGGUUUCUGAUGUCGGUCGUUGUUCACGGGGACUUGGCUCUGAACGAGCAGGAGAAGGAGCUGAACCAGCGGCUCAGGCGCCUCUACCCGGCCGUCAACGAACAAGAAACGCCGCUGCCAAGAUCGUGGAGCCCGAAGGACAAGUUUAGCUACAUCGGCCUGUCUCAGAACAACCUCCGGGUGCAUUAUAAAGGUCAUGGAAAGACACCUAAAGAUGCUGCAUCUGUUCGUGCAACACACCCUAUUCCAGCCGCCUGUGGGGUCUACUACUUUGAGGUGAAAAUCAUCAGUAAAGGGCGAGAUGGGUACAUGGGAAUUGGUCUCUCUGCCCAAGGGGUCAACAUGAACAGACUUCCAGGAUGGGACAAACACUCAUAUGGUUACCACGGAGACGAUGGACACUCUUUCUGCUCUUCGGGGACGGGACAGCCGUACGGACCCACAUUUACGACAGGCGACGUGAUUGGCUGCUGUGUCAACCUCAUUAACAACACCUGCUUCUACACAAAGAACGGCCACAGUCUAGGUAUUGCUUUCACAGAUUUACCACCCAACCUGUACCCUACAGUGGGUCUCCAGACACCAGGGGAAGUGGUGGAUGCAAACUUUGGACAGCAUCCAUUCGUCUUUGACAUAGAGGACUACAUGCGUGAGUGGAGAACCAAGAUCCAGUCUCAGAUCGAGCGUUUCCCCAUCGGAGAGCGGGAGGGCGAAUGGCAGGCCAUGAUUCAGAAAAUGGUGGCCUCGUACCUGGUUCACCACAGCUACUGCGCCACCGCUGAAGCCUUCGCCAAGUCCACAGACCAGGCUGUACACGAGGAACUCGCCUCAAUCAAAAACAGACAGAAAAUCCAGAAGUUGGUCUUGUCUGGACGAAUGGGGGAAGCUAUAGAGACCACUCAGCAGCUCUACCCCAGUCUGCUGGAAAGAAACCCUGACCUUUUAUUCAUGUUAAAGGUUAGACAGUUCAUAGAGAUGGUGAACGGGACAGAUAGCGAGGUGCGCUGUCUUGGUGGGAGAAGCCCCAAGUCCCAGGACAGCUAUCCUGGCUCACCCCGCCUCUUCAACAGCCCCACACACAAACCCACUGGCUCUCAGGCCUACCUGUCAGGUUUUGAUAGUAACUGCUGUAACGGAGUGUCAUCCAGUAAAGCGCACUCUUCAGCGCAUGGCCACAAGCCGUGUCCCAUAAGCAUGCCCAGUGGUGAGCUUGGGGUCCUGAAUGGCAGCCGCCCUCAGCAGACUGGUCUAAGUAAUGAUAUGGAUAUGGAGGUGGAUCAUAUCUCUAAUGGAGUGUCCGAGUCCUCUUCUAACGGCUUCCUGAAUGGAAGCUCCACACAUGGAGCAGAUCUGGAGGACUGUGAUGCAGAGAUGGAAGUAGAGUCAGCUCAGUCCAAGAGGCAGCUGUGUGGGGGGAGCCAGGCUGCUAUUGAGAGAAUGAUCCACUUUGGCCGGGAACUGCAGAGCAUGAGCGAACACCUCCGCCGGGAACGAGGCAAAAACUCAGCCAACAAGAAGAUGCUCAAGGAUGCAUUCAGUUUGCUAGCAUACUCAGACCCCUGGAACAGCCCUGUGGGAUACCAGCUGGACUCCAUCCAGAGAGAGCCUGUCUGCUCCACACUCAACAGUGCAAUAUUAGAGACUCAUAACCUGCCGAAGCAGCCCCCGCUGGCUCAGGCGGUGGGUCAGGCGGCUCAGUGUCUGGCCCUCAUGGCUCGCACGGGCAUCGGCUCCUGCGCCUUCGCCUCCGUGGACGAUUACCUGCACUAGCCUCCGAGGAAGCGCCCCUCCCCCCCCUUUAAACAGCCGUGCGGUGCGGCGCGGCCCUGCGUCAUCCCAACUCAGCCCAGCCUCCUGAACACUGGGCCUGCCCUGAACCAUGGCCUGGAGCACUGAGCCUCCGCGCAAAGCCAGACCAGACCUAUCCCAUAAUGUUGGCUUCUCUCCAAGAGACUGGAUCCUCUUCACCCGGGCCUAACCGAGCCUAAAGACACACAUUAUUAUAUAGGAAGGAAGGAUCCCUGGAGCCAAAAAAGCGAUUCCUGAACCGUUUAUGCUCUUCUUUUUUUUUUUUUUUGCUUUGUUCCUUUUUAAUUUAGUUCUAUCUUUUUUUUGGGACGGGAGGGUGGGUAGGUUGUUUGGGGAGGGGAGGGGAGGUUGUUGUGUUUGGGUGGGUUGCAGGCUCUGAUUGUUUCCUAGUUUACAAGGCAUGAGGCAGAUUAUUCUGAUUAUAAUUAAUGUUAUCAUUAAACUUGCAUAUGAUAUAUUUGUUCUUGAUUGAAAGCUGGCUAAAGUGAGCACGAAAGGGUCCCAGUACAGUAUCACCCUGCUGUUUUUAAAGCUGUUGGCUUGUGUACUUGUUACCAUAUAAAAACCCUCCCUCA